CAAGGAACUGUCUUAAAGUCCAGUGGAUUGAUUUAAACUACUUUGGAUAACCAUGACCUGGAUGAAUGAGAGCCUACACAGACAUCGUAAUAUGUAGGGGUUUCCAGGAAGUACACAGAACCGACAGGCAAUGUCAGGAUUUCCAGGAAGUACAUGGAGCCAGUGGGUAACAUGUCAGGGUUUCCAGGAAGCAACCAUCACAUCAGGAAGCUAAGGAUAGCUACAUCUUUUCAUUACACAGAGCCAGCAAGUAGCUUAGUGAUCUGUUAGCAUUUCCAGUUCAUAGAUGGAGCCAUGUGUUCACUAGGGUAUCUGUGGAGUUAACAGCAAAUACUCAGUACCAUUAGUGUGUUUAGAUGUCUGGAGGGAAGCGUUACGGGUAAAUACUCAAGCCGGUAUGUCAGUUAGUGUGUGACCCAGGAAAUAGCCAUACCACAGAUAAAGUUUAGGAGACUAUUGUGACUGAUCUAAAAACCUAAAUAGGAACCAAGGAGAGCAUGUUGUCAGCAAAUACACAGACCCACAGCACAGUUAACCCUUUUAGUCAGUUUGGCUGCUUUCAGAUGGUUUAUGGAAGACUUAAAAAACUGAGAAAAAAGCUAAAUUUAGUUGACUUGUAGCUCUAAUCAGCAUGAAACUCUCCUGUUUUUAUCUGGUUCUGGAUUAAAACGACUAAAUCUAGACGUUGAACUCUCUCCAUGUUUUCUCUCCAGAUUUUAUAUUUGGGAUAUUUCUGUAAAAUCGAGUGAUUUGGAAGAAAUUUCUGGAUUUUAAGCGCAGAUUUGUUCAUUUUCUUGAUGGUCACAGGUGAUGUGUUCACGGAAUGUUAAAAUUCUGAUUAUUCUUUUCUUUGAUUUUACAGUUUCUGGUAUAUAAACAGUUUUUUUUUGUUUCAGCGAUAACAUAACUUUCAACCUCAGCAGCAGGUUUUAGACUCGGUGUGAGCAACUAGAGUAACAAAAGCAGAGUUUACCUAAAAAAAUGAAUGCAUUAAGACUGAAAAUAACCAAAACAGAUUCUACAUCACCAGGAAGCACAAGACAUGAACGUAUGAAUCCAAACCAUUGACAGUCAAAAUGAACAACUACAGACUGAAAAUGACCAGAAACUCUUCGGUUCAGUCUGUUUAUUUCUAUGUUCAGCUGUGAUGAAAGUGAUUCGACUCUGAGGCUGGAAUCAAACCCACAGACGUAUUAGGGAUGUGUCUACUUCCUGGAGAUGGUCUUCAUCCUCCUGAAUCUAAACCUGAGGAAGUUGUUCUUCUGUUUCUCUGACACACUCACCUAGUUCCCUCUAUCAGCAGGAUGUGGGUGAAGUUACGUAACCGGCAGCAAGUCGUCAUGGAAACCACAAACUGGGUCACUGUGAUCCACACCUGAUGCUUCGUCCUGGUCGCCACGGAGACACAGCAAGAUGUUAAGCCCCGGCUGCUACGGCGCCCGACUGACUUUCAUCCUCUGUCAACCUGAAACCAAAACUAAAACCAAACGUCCAUCCAUCCAUCUAUCCACCGUCCAUCCAUCCAUCCAUCCAUCCAUCCAUCAAUCCAUCCGUCCAUCCAUCCAUCCAUCCAUCAAUCCAUCCAUCCGUCAUCUAUCCAUCCAUCCAUCAUCAUCCAUUCAUCCAUCAUCAUCCAUCCAUCCAUCCAUCCAUCCAUCUGUCAGCUAUCCACCGUCCAUCCAUCCAUCCAUCCAUCAAUCCAUCCAUCCAUUGUCAUCAAUCCGUUGUCCAUCCAUCAUCAUCCAUCCAUCCAUCCACCCAUCCAUCCAUCCAUCCAUAAUGACCACUGUGGUUCAUAUCAGUCACAAAAACAAGCAAACGUACAAGAAAAUGACUAAAAAUGACCAAAACUAGACCUGGACAUGGCCAAUAAAAGAUACAAAACACCAGAAAACCAUAAAAAAAUGACUGAAACACGACAAUCACAUCAAAGAUGAUCACAAGAAGACUUGAGACGAGCGCAGAGACAUGGAUACUGACCACAAUAACGCUCAAAAUAAACAAAAAAAAUGAACUCAGAAUAACCAGAAAUACCCACAAAAACACUACAGAGAAAAACGAACAAAAAACGCUCAUCAUCUGUCCUCUAGAGUUAAAUAUCAACCCAAAUAAAUCAAAAUGUGGACAUGAAAACUGUCCAAAAUUAGUCCAAAAUACCUAAAACUGAUCCAAAACAUUUUAAAAAGUUGAAAAUUAAAAAUGAAAAAGAGCACUAAAAGACUUGAAAAUUAUCCAAAAUGAUUUAUAAUUUCCACCAAGCAGAGACAAGUUUUGAAAUUAAACAUGUAAAUAAUUAAUUGUGUUGGAUUAGAUGAGUCACUUUAAACAUUUUGUAUUUUAAAUUAUUGACAUUACUUUCUAGAAUUUUUUUUUUCAUUUUGUCAUGAAAGAGUUUUUUUUGUUCAGUUCUUGUCAAAAAGGCCUUUCAUUUUUCAUAGAACCACUGAACCACUUUCAUUGAGUUUUUCUGCAACAGUAAUUAGCUUCUUAUCACAAACAUGCUCUUGUGUUUCUGCCGUUGGGAUUAAACCUGCAGCUUAUUUCAGAUGUUUUAGGAGCUAAACUCAGAGUGAAUUAGAGCAGGAUGGAUGGUCGCUGUCAGGGCCUCAAAGUCACAAAAACACACAAAAUACUCAGAGAAAAGCAUCACCGCUGCCGCCUGGAGCUCAGAUCCUGCUCUUCUGCUCUUUUUGUUCUUUAAUGACGGAAAAUGAAGGUCGUCGGCUCCAUUUUCUCCAAACUGGGAUGUUUCUAAUCAGGUAAUUUCUCUGUUUAUUUUCAAAGCGUUCACACAGGUGCAGGAAACAGAAAGCAAACAAACGUCCAGAAAUGCGAUUAGAGAUGAAAAGAAGACUUGAACCCGUCUGACACACUGCAAACAGAACUUAACUGCUUUUAAUGAUCCAGUCUGACAGAAUGUGAAUAAAUGCAGAGACCAGCAGCAUUAAUUAGUUGAUGAGGUGCAGCUUUAAUUAGUGCCAUCAUCGUGUUGGUUCCCAAUCAGACCUGAAUGUUGCUGUUAGCCUUUAUGCUCGCAUUAAAGCUAAAUUUUACACCGAUCUGAAAAAAAUUUGCACAGGUUUUUGGCUGUUUUAGAACUGGUUUCAGACUGGUUCUUAAACUGGUUUAAGUUUUGGUUCAGGACUGGUUUCAGACUGUCUUCAUUGGAUCUUAGACUUUUUUUUAAAACCCCAAGAACACCAAACCUACCACCAAGCAUGGUCGUGGCACUAUCAUGCUCUGUGGAACUGGAGCUUUACACAAAGUAAAUGGAAUAAUGAAGAAGGAGGAUCACCUCCAAGUUCUUCAAGAAAACCUAAAACCAUCAGUAGAAGGUUGAUCUUGGACACAGUUGGAUGUUUUAACCAGACAAUGAUCCCAAACACACAUCAGACGUGGUAAAGAAAUGGUUCCAUCAGGAUGGAAUGAACGUUCUAGACUGGUCUCCCCAAAGUCCUGAUUUAAACCAUCAAGAACCUGAAGACUGACGAAGAAACAAGUCUGAGUCUGAAAGACAUCAAGUUUAGUGGAACUGAAUCAAUUCUGGAGCCAGUUAAAUUAAUAGUAUCAUUAUACCGCUACCUCCAUGCCUGAUGGUAGAUAUAGUGUCCAGAGGAGUCAAAGAUAAUCCGGAAGAUUGAAACCAGAAGAACCGAACUGAGGAGGAAAUGGACAAAUUUAACCAAAUAUUAGCACUUCUGUUUGUAUAUUUAUGACCCGGCAGAUUUGAUCAUAUUUCCAGAAGAACUUCAAUAAAUCUAUGACAGAACCAAAGAGCAGGAUUGCUGUUGUGACAAAGAUUCAUGUUGCAGUGAUCUCAUCAUACAGUUUUAGGAAUCUCUGGAAACUAAACACUGACACGAUACACAGGAAACUUUUGUCACGACUGUAAAUAAAGAGAUGAAUAUCUGCAUGAAAGCUGACUGAAAUACGUGGCUUUAACAGGCGUGUUACAUCAGACCGUGUUCUCCUUCAUACAUCAUGUCACUGAUACAGUUUCACUACAAUCCCUCUAUUCUCUGGACGUGUGAAACUUUUGGUGUCAGUUUCUGAUCCGGAGUCUUCAGGGCAGCUUUUGAAACUCUGCCUCCUUUUGUGCUGUGAAACUUCACGUUGUCAGUGGAAAAGUACAGCAGACUGGGCGAAGGUCGGCAUGGAAACCUGAUACGUGAGGCCUCCAUACCGCUAGAAAGGUGCGACAAAGUGAAGCUGCAGAUGAUCUGAGCUGCUUCUAAAUAUGAAAUCCACCAGUUAACCGUUUAUUCUCGUCCUGCAGGUCUUCCUUAUGGCUGGGACGAAGCCUACACAGCAGCUGGAGUCAAAUAUUACAUCAAUCAUGUGACCCAGACGACAUCGUGGAGUCUCCCAGGGUCCAACGUUCCUCCUUCGCCUCCGGAGGCCUCGGAGCUGGACGGAGAACGAGAUGGAGAACCGGACCGGAGAACCAACCCGUCCAUAGAGACCGAGAUGUAGAGGACCCGUUGCCGUGGCAACCAGCUGUUCUUUAACUCUUUGUGGUUCUGUGUAAUGUGAGCUGCUCUGCUCAGGGAUUCUAACCAACGAUAUUCACUCUGAAGGAUCCUGUAGUUUAGAACGUCUAGAACCAGCACAUUCUUUAAACCAGCGUCAGUCUGACCUUUCUGUUUGUUCCUCUUAAAUCUGUGUGUUGACUGGAAACAUCUGGUGAAGCUAACUCCUCCUCAGUUUGGUUCUUCUGGCUUCAUUCUUCAGGUUCAUCUUUGACUCCUCUGGACUCUAUACCUACCAUCAAGCAUGGAGGUGGUGGUAUCAUUUUACUAUCACUUUAACUGACUCCAGAAGUGGUUCAGUUCCACUACAUCUGUUCUCUUUGUGUCUCAGACUUGGUUCUUCAGGUUCUUGAUGGUCUAAGUCAGGACUUUGGGGAGACCAGUCUAGAACCUUCAUUCCAGCCUGAUGGAACCAUUUCUUAACCCCAAAAUGAGUCAUUUCUGACCAGUUUUUAGUUAUUUUUGCCAAUUUUUGAAGCAAUUUUGGACAGGUGUCAUUUCUGAGUCAGUUUGGACAGGUCUGACCAUUUUGGACAAAUUUUGAGUAAUUUUGAAUCAUUUUUUGUCAUAUUUGACAAAUUUUAAUCAUUUUGGAAACCAUUUUGGACCAAAUUUAAGUCAUUUUGAACCACUUUUUAGUCAUUUUUGGAUCAAUUUCUUGUCAUGUUGAACAAAUUUGAGUCAUUUUCGUCCAAUUUUAAGUAGUUUCGAACCACUUUUCAUUUUGGAAAAGUUUGAAUGAUUCUGAACCAUUUUUCUUUGUCAUUUUGAACACGUUUGAGUCAUUUUGGACCGUUUAAAAAAAAUUGGACAUUUUGUUUAAUAAUUUUGAGCAAAUUGUAGGACUAAUUUUGAACCACUUGUUAGUCAUUUUGGAUAGUUUUUUGUUCAUACAUGGACAUAACAUGUACAGACCGAAAUCAAGACCAAAACCAAACCUACACUACUUCUAAAGAAGUCCAAGACCUGGCCAAGACGGUCUGAAAAGACUGUGCUGUUCAGCCACAACCAGAUCCAGAGUAAAAUAAAUCCUAAACCAACUUUGGCACUUGUUGACCCGGUCGUUAUUGAAAAUGAGAAUCAGUUCUCAUCUAACUUAGCUGGUAAAAUAAAAGUUAAAUAAAUAAAUCACAUCCAGAACCAGGAGAAUCAAGACUGGAACCAAACAUAAACCAGUCCCAAGAAAAUCCAGAACCAGUCCAGAAGCUCUUCUAGAAAGCCCUAGAGCAUGAUACUGCCACCUCCAUGCCUGAUGGAAAUAUGAAGCAGACUUUGUAAACAUCACAAAUAAAGAACAUUUAAAUGAAUCUGGUUUCUGUGAACUUUUUUUUUUUUUUCAAAAUUGCGUCUUUUCUGUUGUGAUACUAACACAGUUACUGUCCACUAGUUGUUGCACGUCUGUCUGUUGUUUUAUCACCAAACUGGGAAAAAAAAAAAAACUUUUUUUGGUUGUUGCCUCUUCCUCUUUUCAGCAGAAUUGAUGUGACUUUUUAUAGUCAGACCACUCAUUUUUGUCAUUUAACUCUCAAAACCCCAAAAAAUGCUCCCAAAGGUGAGUAAAGAAUUCAAACCAAACCAAAGCUCCAAAACUGGAACAAAAACUAAGAAAACUAAACUCAAAGAGCAAAACAAACAAAACCAAUUAACUGUCUAAACCUGGAGCAAAGAAACGACGAAAACAAACUGAGAUGAUCCAAUGUCUGAAAAAUUAGGGAAAAAAACAAAACAAAGAUUGUUCCAAAAUUGUAGCCAACAAAAAUAAAUACAAGAUUCACAAACUCAGAGUGUUUGGAUUUGGUGAAAAUAGGAGAAAAAUCAAGUCUAUAUAUUAAAAACAUAUACAGGAAAUCUGAACCCAAUAAAAGUUCUAAAGUUGGUACAAAAAAAUCUGAUCUGAAAUCCAAAAACACUCUUAAUGUCUGAGAAAAAAAUAAGACGUCAAACCUAAAACCAAAUGUUUUUGUUUUCUCAUUUUUCUCUCCAGUUUUGGUCGUUUAUCUCUCAAUGUUUGCUCACCAAACGGGAGAAAAAUCAUUUCUAAAGACCAAUAAUGUCUUUGUUGUUUUUGUGUUUGUUUUUCUUCCAAUUUUGGUUUUAAAACAAAGAACAGAAAUGAGUUUUUUGCUUUAGAAUUGGUAAGUGGAUCGAUGCGUCCAGACAUUCAGCCCUGAGUUCUGUCUGCAGGUAUUUUAUUCACUUCUUCUUUAUAAGUGUGUCUUUUGUAGAAAAUCUUUUUUUUAGGUCAUUUUUGUGUUUUUUAUUCCACUCAGACGUCUUGAGAGGGCGAAUGUCUGCUUAGAUUUCUGCUGUUUUCAGGCUGCAGACGUUUUAUUUUUCAGAACUUCGGUCUUUUUAAAUCUCAGCUGGACUGUUUUUCUUCCCGGCCACAGGAAGGCUCUCUCUGGCUGAAGCUAUUCUGAGGAGAUUCCUGCCUCUGAUCGUUCUUCAAGGCCUCAAGUUCAGUUUUCUGCCUGGAGCUUGAAGAAACCAGCAGCAGCUCAGUCUGAACGAACCGCUUCAAACUGUUGGAUUUAAAAGGAGCUGUGAAGCUGAAACCUCAUCAUCUGCUAGAACCUCACGAUAAAAACCUGAACGUGUGGUUUAAUCACUCGUUAAAACAAAGAGCCAUCAGGUCAGACGGUAAAGAUCCUCAAUGCAGGCAAACGUCUGUUCAAAGAGAAUUAUUUCUGUUUCCUUUCAGUCCGACUGAAAAUGUGAUCAGGAAUGAAAAACAAGAAACCAAACUCAAAAAAAUGCAAAUAAUGGAGCAAAAAAAAUGAAAACAAAGGUCAAAAGAUGCUCCAAACAAUCAGAGAAGGAAUCCAAGAAACUAAACUCUACAAGUGGAACAAAGAAGCAGAAAAAACAACAAAAAACAAACUGAAAUGUUCCAGUUUUGGAGAAAAAUGAGAAACCAAACGUCAAAAAUGCUACAAAAAAAUCUGAAAUUGGAGCAAAAAAUAAGAUAAACAAACUGAAACAGAGAUGUAACUAUAAGACGUAGGAAAAACAAGAAAACCAAACCCAAUGAAAGCCCCAAAAUUGGCAUAAAAAUACUACAAAGAAACUCAAAAAAUGCUCUAAAAUUCGAGUUAAAGACAUUUGAACCAAAUUUGAAAAACAGAAAAAGGAAACCCAAAGAAAUGUUGUAAAGCUGCAGUGGAAAAACACGAUAAACAAAGGUAAACGGUGUUCCAACUGUGGAGAAAAACAACAAACAAAACUCAAAAACUGCUCAAAAAUUGGAAUAAAAAAUGUGAAAAACAAACUCCAAGACUCUUCAGAAUUAGAGUGAAGACCGAGAAACACAAACGAGAAGAGCAAGAAAACAAAAGCUGAGAAAAACAGUAAAAAAAAACAUGAAACCGAAGCACAAUAAAUGAAAGAAAAGUAAAGCAAAGCCCCAAAGAACGCUUCAGAACUGGCAGGAAAAACGCCACAAACUCAAUCCUUCAAAAUCAGAUAAAAGAAAAUUAGAGUGAAUACCAAGAAAUCAAAACUCGACAAACCCGAAAAAGAAACCCAAGAAACGUUAAAAAAAAACUCAAACUGUCCAGUUUUGAAGAAAAAUAUAAAACAUAACGGAAAAAAUGCCCCAAAAAUGAUUAAAAAAACAAGAAAAUGUGAAAAACAACAAAACGAAACCCAAGAAAUACUCCAAAACUGAACCAAAAACCCCCCAAAAACCCAGAAACCAAACUUGAAAAUCAGUGAAAGGUUUUAAAAACUGGAGCAAAAACAAAACAAAACAAAAACAAACCUAAAUGUUCCAAUUUGGAGAAAAAUGAGAAAACCAACCCCCAAAAUAAGAACAUGGAGCAAAAACUUGCUAAACCAGAAAAGCAAGACCAAUUUAGAUCCAAAAACGCUCCAACUCUGGAGGAAAAACAAGAAAAAAAGCUUUAAAAAGCUCUAAAACUGGAGUGAAAAAGAAAAACUAAACUCAAAAAUGCCCCAAAAACUGAUGUGAAAUACCAAGAAACCCAAAUGUGAAAAACAAGAAAACGAAACCCAAGAAACAUUUCAAAACUGAAUAGAAAAAACAACAACAAAAAAGAAACAAACAAAAAACACCAACAAAAUAUGGAACCAAAACAUGAUAAAUGAGUAAAACUAGAACAUUUUAACCCUAAAAAUGUUCCAGUUCUGGAGAAAAACAAGAAAACCAAACUUUAAAAUCCAAGAAUGGCUUUUAAAACUGAAGAGAAACAAAUAAACAAACUUUAUAAAAAAUAUAAAUAAAUUUAUUAAUUUCAAAAUUGGAUCAAUAAAUGAGAAAACCAAACCCAAAACCUGACAUUGUUUUACUCCUACUCUUGUUUUCUUGUUCUCCAUUAGAAGGAUUCGUGUGUUUUUGGGAUGCUGCAGGAGUUGGAGCUGCUUUGUGUUUCAUAAUGUGCUCCAGAUGAACCUUAAUAAGAGCAGUAAGUGUGAUUGUGGUUCUCUGCUGUGUUAUAUCACCGAUCGAUGCUCUCCUCCGUCGCUCAUGUGGGACUUUAAAGUCGGUUUGAUUCUGACGUCUGAACCACAACAAAGCGUCUAAUAAUAAGACGAGUGCUGCGGGUCGCGGCUCGUUGUUGUUGUCGUCGCCUCUGGAGUGUCGGUGUGGAUGUGGAUGCUGGUAUUUAUAGCGUCGGAGGUGGAAGGCCGAGCCGAUGCUCUGCUGCCUCGGGCCUCCAACAUUGAUUUCCCUUCUCGCUAGCAAGAGAAGCUAAAAAUAUCUGCUGCUCCUGGAAACACUAAUGACACAAAACACACAAAACACAAUCAUCCCACAGCAGGAGUCUUGGCGGGUUCAGAGUUUUAGCAUCUGUCAGGUUUUAUUCACGGCCUGACAUCGACUCCUUCACUGAGUUCUCCUCAGCAGUGUCUCAGUUUCCUCCUGGAGGAUCUCGAGGUGUUCCCAGGCCAGAUGAGAUAUAAAACCCCUGCAGAGUUCUGGUUCUUCUCCAACCAGAUGUUCAACCACCUCAGCUGGUUUCUUUCUGAUCUCUCCUCAUCUCCACGUCUGAGUCCAGACUCCCUCCAGAAAAACCUGAUUUCUGCAGUUCGUCACAGCGAGGGUUAAAUCCACUGGAAAUCAACAGUCAGUAAAAACCGGAGUGAAUGCAGCUGUUUGUCUGGCAGAUACAUGCAACUUCAUCUACAACAUCUACAACUACACCAACAACUACAUCUGGACCUACAUCUGGAACAUCCACAACUACAUUAAUGAAAACUACAUCUACAUCUACUACAGCUAUAACCUUAUCUACAACCACACCUACAACUACAUUAUAAACUACAUCUACAACCAAAUCUAUUACUACAACAAGUACACCUACAACAACUACAUCAAGGACAACAUCCACAACUACACCAACAACUAAAACUACAUCUACUAUCAACUACAUCUACUGCAGCUCCAACCUUACCUACAGUUAAACCAACAACUAUGUGUAGACCUACAUCUGCAACAUCUACAACUAUCUCCAUUAAAACUACAUUUAUGACUACAUUUACAACUACACUAAGAACUACAUCUACAAACACGUCUAUGACAACAAGUACACCUACAACAACUACAUUUCUGACAACAUCUAAGUCAACUACAUCAAGGACAGCUACAUCCAUGAAAACUAUGUCUACAACUACAUCUACAACUACUACAUCUACAACUACUACAUCUAUAAGUACAUCUACAUCUACAACUACUACUAUUACAUCCAUGGCAAUAUCUACAACAACAUCAACAAAUGCACCAGGAACUGCACAAACAACUACAUUAACGACAACUACAUUUACAAAACCUACAUCUACUACUACCUUAUCUACAACUACACUAAGAACUACAUCUACAGCCACAUCUAUUACUACAACAAAUACACCUAAAACAACUACAUCUAUGACAGCAUCUGCAACUAGAUCUAGAAUAUCUGAAACUGAAUCCAUCAAAGCUACAUCUAUGACAACAUCUAGACCUACAUCUACACCAUCUGCAACCACUGCACCUACAACUACUUCUACAGCUAUGACGACUACAUCUACAAAACCUACAACUACAUCUACUACAACAUCUACGACUGAAAAAUCUGACAUCUAGAUUUAUUAAACUACAGCAGCUACACCUGCAGAGUGAAUUAGGAGUUCUGACUGAAUAUGAUCAGAAAUAAGAAUCUGAUUACCUUCAUACAGCUAGAAUAAAAUAUUAUGGUGUGUUUAUGUGUGAUUAGAGCCCGUGUUUUUUACGUGUUGAUCUUUAGUUUGUAUGUUCUGCACAUGUGAAGUCGUCUCUUUAAUGGUUUUUACUGUGAAAUCAGCAGCAACGUUACACAACCUGUAAAGCCUCUUUCCUUUAACUCAACCUGCACAAUCUAAAGGAUCGGAUUAAAGCCAAACAGAGCGAUAAGUUCUACAGGAAAAUAGCUGCACGUCUUUUAAUCAUGACCACAAGUUUCUCGUAACUGUCUGAAAAUAGAUGCUGAGUCUGAGAUGUAGCAGGAGGUCAGUCAGCCUCAUUCAGCCUCAUUCAGCCUCAUUCAGGCUCAGUCAGCCUCAUUCAGCCUCAUUCAGCCUCAUUCAGGCUCAUUCAGCCUCAUUCAGCCUCAUUCAGACUCAUUCAGCCUCAUUCAGCCUCAUUCAGCCUCAUUCAGCCUCAUUCAGACUCAUUCAGGCUCAGUCAGCCUCAUUCAGCCUCAUUCAGCCUCAUUCAGGCUCAUUCAGGCUCAGUCAGCCUCAUUCAGCCUCAUUCAGCCUCAUUCAGACUCAUUCAGCCUCAUUCAGCCUCAUUCAGACUCAUUCAGUCUCAUUCAGUGUCAUUCAGGCUCAUUCAUCCUCAUUCAGGCUCAUUCAGGCUCAGUCGGCCUCAUUCGGCCUCAUUCGGCCUCAUUCGGACUCAUUCAUCCUCAUUCAGACUCAUUCAGUCUCAUUCAGCCUCAUUCCGGCUCAUUCGGCCUCAUUCAGCCUCAUUCAGCCUCAUUCAUCCUCAUUCAGCCUCAUUCAGGCUCAUUCAGCCUCAUUCAUCCUCAUUCAGGCUCAUUCAGGCUCAUUCAGGCUCAUUCAGGCUCAUUCAGGCUCAUUCAGCCUCAUUCAGGCUCAUUCAGGCUCAUUCAGCCUCAUUCAGGCUCAUUCAGGCUCAUUCAGCCUCAUUCAUCCUCAUUCAGGCUCAUUCAUCCUCAUUCAGGCUCAUUCAGCCUCAUUCAGCCUCAUUCAUCCUCAUUCAGCCUCAUUCAGCCUCAUUCAGGCUCAUUCAGCCUCAUUCAGCCUCAUUCAUCCUCAUUCAGGCUCAUUCAUCCUCAUUCAGGCUCAUUCAGCCUCAUUCAGCCUCAUUCAUCCUCAUUCAGCCUCAUUCAGCCUCAUUCAGGCUCAUUCAGCCUCAUUCAGCCUCAUUCAUCCUCAUUCAGGCUCAUUCAGGCUCAUUUAAGCUCCGGGUUCAUAAAUCAUCACUUCUACCUCGUGUUUCUCAUGCUGGGUUUGUAAUGUUUACAGUGAAAUAUUAAAACCUGACCCACAAACAGCACAUCUCAGAAUAACCUCCUCAGAGGGAACUAAAGCACAGAAAGUCCAGCUUUUGAAGGGAAAAUCCAGUUUACUGUUCUGGGAUGUUCAAGGCCGAGACACAGAACACAUUAUUAACUCACUAAGACCAUUUCAUACUAUUUCUACAGAGCACUCAUUAAUAAUUACAUGAGGCCCAACCAGUUGUAGUUUUUACCACUAAAGAUAAAAUCUAUCAGGGUUUGGUUCAGCUUCAGCUCUUUACCUUCAGAAUUCAACACAAAGCCUGAAGACUGAAAUGAGACACUGUGAGGGAGCUGGAGAGCAUCCAACGGAAGUAGACAUGCAGAUUGUACACACUGAUACAGUUUAUUUAAUGCCGUUUGGUUCAUCUGAAUCAUAGAGGUUUGUCACCACCAAAACCCUACAGACACGAAGAGACACGAAGUGAGAAAAAUGGCACAAAUUAUGGCAAAGGAAGAAAAAUUAGAAAAUUAAAAACAACUAAAACUCGAUUAGAUGAAGAUGAGAUGGAGAUGAAGCAGCAGGUCUGUCAGUCUCAAACUCAGCUGACUUCCUCCUCCUCUUUCUCUUCCUCCUCUUCUUCCUUCUCCUCUUCCUCCUCCUCUUUCUCUUCCUCCUCUUCUUCCUUCUCCUCUUCCUCCUCCUCUUUCUUUUCCUCCUCUUCUUUCUCCUCCUCCUCUUUCUUCUCUUCCUCCUCUUCUUUCUCCUCCUCUUCCUCCUCUUCCUCCAUCUUCUGUCCUACUUUCUGGUCGUCACAGCAUCCCUCUGCUGUAGCAACGGUUGCUAAGGAACCAGUGAUGAGGAUCUGUUGGUUCAUUUUCUGCUCAGAUUCAUAAAAGAGCUGCAGGUCAACAGACGGUUCUGUUAUUGAUGGAUUAUAGAUUAGUGUUAGUUUAUUAAAGCAUUUUUACAGAAUCUCUUAUUGAUAGAUUAAUGUUAGUUUACAGGUUUUAUUGGACCAAAUCUGAUCAGUGAUCAGCUGAUUCUUGCUGUUCUUUAUGUUGGUUUUAAACUAAUCAAUAAUAUUCUGUAAUAAAACACUGUGAUCAUUUUCAGGAGUUUCUGUGAUUCCACAUUAAAGGAAUAUUUUAGUUUUCUCCUGUUUCAUCUUUUAUCUCUUACCUUCCUUUCCUGUUUCCUUCUACAUGCUGCUUUGUCUCCUUUCUGUAAUUCCUUGUCUCUUUAUCUCCUCUCCUUAUAUCCUUCCUACUCAUCUCCUCUUUCAUUGCCUCUUUGCCUCUUCCUGUCUUUGUGUCCUUGACUCCUGUAUCUUUGUCUCCCUGUCUCCUCCCACUUUGCCUCUUUGCCUUUUUGUCUCUCUUUUUUGUCUCUUUGUAUCGUUGCCUCUCUGUUUUGUCUCUUUGCCUCUCUGUUUUGUCUCUUUGCCUCUCUGUUUUGUCUCUUUGCCUCUUCAUUUUGUCUCUUUGUCUCUCUGUUUUGUCUCUUUGCCUUUUGUUUUGUCUCUUUGCCUCUUUAUUUUGUCUCUUUGUCUCUUUGCCUCUCUGUUUUGUCUCUUUGUCUCUCUGUUUUGUCUCUUUGCCUUUUUGUUUUGUCUCUUUGCCUCUUUAUUUUGUCUCUUUGCCUCUCUGUUUUGUCUCUUUGUCUCUCUGUUUUGUCUCUUUGCCUUUUUGUUUUGUCUCUUUGCCUCUUUAUUUUGUCUCUUUGUCUCUCUGUUUUGUCUCUUUGUCUCUUUGCCUCUCUGUUUUGUCUCUUUGUCUCUCUGUUUUGUCUCUUUGCCUUUUGUUUUGUCUCUUUGCCUCUUUAUUUUGUCUCUUUGUCUCUCUGUUUUGUCUCUUUGUCUCUUUGCCUCUCUGUUUUGUCUCUUUGCCUCUUUAUUUUGUCUCUUUGCCUCUCUGUUUUGUCUCUUUGCCUCUCUGUUUUGUCUCUUUGCCUCUUUAUUUUGUCUC